CAGGAGGAAAAAUAUAAAAUAUAAAUGGUAUUUGUCUAUGGGUGAGUGAUAACACACAUCGAGACUACAUCUAAAACAUACUAAUCUUUAACAUUAUUGCGUUACCUUUGAAGAAUUAACUUCAAUUCCUUCGAUGGAGUUUGCAUCUUCUUCUUUAUCAUCAUCAUCUUCAUCCUUCUUAACAUCAGAACCCCAUUUCAUACACGAUGUGUUCAUCAACUUUGGUGGAGAAGAAAUCGGUAGAAGAUUUGUUUCUCAUCUCCAAUCUGUCCUUUUACAAGCUCAAGUCAAAACUUUUAUUAGCCAGGAGAAUCUGCAAGAAGGAAUGAAGCUGGAAGAGCAGCUUCGAGCAAUAGGAGGCACUAAGAUUACAAUAAUUGUUUUCUCCAAAUCUUACGCUGAAACUACCCGCUGUCUUCUUGAGCUUCAAAAAAUCAUUGAAUGCCACGAAACAUUUGGCCAAAUAGUUCUGCCCGUAUUUUACGAGAUUGGCCCAUCGGAUUUACGAUAUCAGAUGUAUGAUUUUGGAAAAACGUUGGAAGAAACUGCACACAGAAGCUAUUCAGGAGAACAACUAAAAUAUGCGUUGUCCAAGUGGAACCAUGCACUCACCACAGCUGCAGUUAUGACUGGUUGGGAUGUCAGAAAUUUCAGGCAUGAUGCUGAACUUGUAGACGUAAUUGUUAACCGAGUUAAGACAUUACUGGACUAUAAAGACUUGUUUAUUACCGAAUAUCCUGUUGGAUUAGAGUCCCGCGUGGAAGACGUGAUUAAAUGUAUUCAAAAUCAAUCCACCAAAGUGUGUAUGAUAGGAAUAUGGGGAAUGGGAGGAUCAGGUAAAACAACCAUAGCCAAAGCCAUCUACAAUCGAAUUUAUCGUGAAUUCAUUGGUAAGAGUUUCAUUGAGAAUAUUAGUUCUGAAGGGUAUUUUGCUUUGCAAGAAAAUCUUCUUUCUGAUGUCCUAAAAUCCAACUUGGAGGUGAAAAGCGUUGGGAUGGGAAGAACUAUGAUCGAGAAUAGAUUUUCUCGAAAAAAGUUGCUCAUUGUGCUUGAUGACGUGAAUCACAUUGGCCAAUUAGAAAACCUAUGCGGAAGUCGUGAAUGGUUCGGUCAAGGAACUGUGAUAAUCAUUACAACUAGAAAUGUUAGCCUGCUGAACCAAAUCAGAGUUAAUUAUGUUUAUCAAACGCAUCUUUUGAACGAAAAUGAGUCACUUGAGCUUUUUAGUUGGCAUGCCUUUAGAGAUGCAAUACCAAAAAAAGAAUGGAAUGAACUCGCAAGAAAUGUCGUUGUUUAUUGUGGAGGACUACCGCUAGCUCUUCAGUUCCUUGGUUCCUGUUUAUGUGAUAGGACAAUAGAAGUGUGGGAAAAUAUAUUGUUGAAACUACAAAGAAUUCCCCCGGAUGAACUUCUGAGCGUAUUAAAAAUAAGCUUUGAAGAUUUACGUGAUACGGAAAAGGAUAUAUUUCUGGAUGUAUGUUGUUUCUUUAUUGGCAAAGAAAGAGACUAUGUGACAGAGAUAUUAAAUGGCUGUGGACUACAUGCUGAUAUUGGAAUAACAGUUCUCAUAGAGCGUGGCCUCAUAAAAGUUGAAAGGAACAACAAAAUUCAAAUGCAUAAUAUGUUACAAGAGAUGGAAAGAGAAAUUAAUCGUCAAGAAUGACCAGAGAAACCGGGAAAAAGGAGUCGAAUGUGGUUUCAAGAUGACGUAGAAGAUGUACUGAAAGAGAAUAGUGGGACAGAAGCUAUAUUGUCCCUGAAACUUGAUUCCAGCAUUAGAGAUUGCUUUGAAUCUCAUGCUUUCAAGGAAAUGCAGAGACUAAGACUGCUACAACUUGAUGAUGUACAACUUAGUGGAGAUUGUGGGCACAUUUCUAAAGAACUGAGAUGGAUUUGUUGGCGAGGGUUUCCAUAUAAAUGCAUUCCAAAGAACUUUCAUUUGGAAAAUGUAAUUGCAAUUGAUUUCAAGUAUAGUCUUCUUAUUCAUCUCGUCUGGCAACGACGCGUGGUUUUAGAGCGGUUAAAAUUCCUUAAUCUUAGUCACUCCAAAUACCUGAUAGAAACUCCAGACUUUUCCGGACUACCAAGUCUUGAACAGCUCAUUCUAGAAGAUUGUCCAAGUUUGCGCAAGGUACACCAAUCCAUUGAUGAUCUCUCCAAUAUACUAGUAAUAAAUUUGAAGGAUUGCACAAGUCUAAGAUAUCUCCCAAGAGAGAUAUAUAAGUUGAAAUCUUUAAAAACUCUCAUCCUAUCUGGUUGUUCGAAGCUUAGGCCAUUGGAAAAGAUAUAAUGCAGGUGGAAUCCUUUUUAACUAUAAUUGCUGAGAAUAGAACACUGAAACAGGUGUCCUUUUAAAUUGUAAGCUGAAAAAUUAUCAGAUAUAAAUCCCUACGUUGAAUUUGAAGGAUUGUUGGUAAA